AAGAUAUUUUUUUCAAGUGUAUUCAUUUUUACAAGUACAUUUUAAAAUAACUAGCUGCUAAUGCUAAUCACGUUGGCUAACCGCAUUUUUAUAUUAUGCGCACUUGUAAAACGCUAAACUCGUUUAUUUUCACGUUUAACUAUUCUUAAAUAAGAGAACUAAACAACAUUUUGAAUGGCGGUGGCUCCUGCCUCGGUGGCAGAUAAGAUCAUCGUCCUCGAUGAUGAUGAUGAAGAAGUGAACCCUCAGCCUUCAUGUUCUGCUGCCUCCUCAUCCUCUGCACAAAAAAACAAACAUGUUUCGCCACUCAAAGCUCAGCAGCCGGCGCCCACCCACAUCACCAAGUCCCCGUUUGCUUCAGCCAAGAAGGAGGUUCAUGUUCUCAAGGCAGAGAAUGAGAAGUUGUUCAGUGAGUUUUUGGAGCACUGCAAACCUCUCACUAAAGACUGCCCUGAGGUCUUAACAUACCUUGAAGCGAAACACACCAAGGCCUCUCCUGACUUCCUGUCCUCCGUUGAGUUCAGGAACACGUUGGGACGAUGUCUGACUCGCGCUCAGUCCAACCUCACCAAAACAUUUGUCUACAUCAACGAACUGUGCGCUGUCCUCAAGCAGCACACUGUCAAGAGGAGGCAGAUCCUCUGCAAUGCUGAGCCUUCUACAGCGGAGUCAAGUACGUCUCAGUCUACCUCACUCAAGUUCAAAGACAAAAGUAAGGGUAAGACAGAAGAGGAAAACGAGGUGAAGUCUGCAGCAGACGGAGGAUCUUCCACUUUGGAAAGCCAGGAGAAAAUGAAAGAGGAAGAUCAAGAAUCUGUAAGAAAAGCCAACAGAGCGUUAAGGAAACAGAUUGCGUACCUGGAGAAUCUGCUGAAGGUUUAUAAUGACGAGAUCUACCGUCUGCAGCAGGCUGAGCUGAGUUUAGAUGACAUGGGGACCGAAGACUCCACGUACAUCCAGGAGCACAAACUCAAGCGAAAGAUGAUGAAGAUUUAUGAGAAACUAUGUGAACUGAAGGGCUGCAACACACUGACAGGCCGAGUUAUUGAGCAGAGGAUCAAAUACUCCGGCACUCGUUACCCUGAACUCAACAAGAAGAUCGAGCGUUUCAUCAACAGUUCUGAGGCCCACAGAAACCCUCCGGAUUACCACGACAUCCUGCAGCAGGUGCUGCGUGCCAACGAACGCCACAACCUGUGUUUGAGCAGGAAACAACUGAAUCAGAUCGCUCUGGAUGCCUUUAGAGACACCGGGAGCCGCAUGCAGGAGCGACGCCACCUCGACCUGGUUUACAACUUCGGCUCGCGCCUCACAGACCCCUACAAGCCUGCUCAGGAUCCGGCUCUGUCUGACCCGUCUUUGCUGAGGAAGCUGCGGUCCAACAGAGAAGUGGGUUUGUCUCGUCUGGAGGAGGUCAUCACUAAAUACGCCGUCAGACAGGACGACACAGAGGAGCAGGAGAGGCUCAAGAGAGUGGAGAAGGACAGCAAGGACAAAGAGGACCACAAACCAAAAGAGGAAACGCAGACGAGUCAGGCAAAUGGAGUGGCAGAGGAGGAAGAAGAGGAGGAAGAGGAUGAGGAGGACGAGUCGUCAGACCCCGACAUCGAGGAGGAGAUCCAGGCCAGCACUCAGCAGAACGCAGCAGGCGAAGAUGAGAAUGAGGAAGAUGAAAACGAGGCAGAACAAUGUGAGAGCGACAACAAGGAGGAUCAAACUUAUGAUCAGACAGGAAUCGUUUCUGCAGGCGGUGAAGGAAGCGUGAACGAUGAAGACGAGCCCCUCACGACUGGAAGUCCCUCCUCUGAUGAAACUCUGACCUUUCCCAUGUCCAACAACCCGUCCCCGGGGGACAGCCCCGCCCAGUCUGAGCCCGCGCAGACUCACGAGCAGCAGCUGUCGAACGGCCGCCCAGCAAGAUUACAGGAGCCCGUGAGCUUGACCAAUCAGCUUUCAGUGGUUCUUGUCCGGGACAACAAGGUCAUUAAAGACGGUGCAGCGGUCCACCCAGCAGCAGCAGAGACCAAUGGAGAUUCUUCAGCCGAGCAGGGAACAGUCGGCUCGGGUCAGUGUGGAAGUCAAACGACCAACGGGACGUCGCCGCCUCCGAGCCCGAGGACGACGAGGAGCCAGAAGAGGAAGAGGGAAGAAAAGAUGUCGGAAAACUCUCGAAGUGUAAAACAGAAAAUCAGCUACGACAGUGAUGCAGACAUUCCUCUGGAUAUGGGUGUCAUUAGCUGCAAUUCUCCUCAGGAGGCAGAACCCGCCCGAGCCGACACUCCACCUCAGAGCGAGUCGUACGGCUCGCUGACGGCACCGCCCCCCAAGAAAAACAAGGUUAACGUGGCGACUCAGUGCGACCCAGAUGAAAUCAUCGUCCUCUCAGACUCGGAUUAAGUUUCACUCUGGACUCCAGAAUGUUUCCAGAUCAUCUCUGUGAGUUCGUGAGAAGAACAUUUUUCAUCUAACUCAACUAGAUCCUACAGGAACUGGAUCAUCAAGGUUUUUUUUUUUACUCUAUCGGCACAAACCUUUCACCGAUGUUUGUACUUCAACACGUUGCCAAACGAAAGCCAAGGACUUUUAAACACCUGAACAUGUACAGGACGUUUCUGUGGACCCUUCAGGUGCACGUUUCUUUUCUCUACCUUCAUUUCCUGGUGAUGGCAGCGCAACACGACUGAUCCGUCAGCUGUUUGUGGGGGUGUCUCUAGGCGGCACCUGGAGUUUCAGUUUCUGCAGAGGGUCCGGGCGACGCUCGGGCGUUCGGUCGAGUUUUUGUUCCUGCACACUCGUUUGUUUACACUAACGGAGCUUUUCUUCCUGUCAGCAAAGGGAACUUGGGGCCUGCAACAAAAAGAGUUCUGAAACGACGACUUUUUGCUGUUUCUGUUGGUUUUGUUUGAGCGAGCGAGCCACGUGGGGGUGCUUCGUGCAGCUUUGGAGCGACUGCAGCGGGAAUUAUUAAUGAACACAGUCAAAACAAAUUUUAAAGUUUUUUAAAA